UAUUUAUCUUAAUUUAUUUGUUUUGAAUUAAAAAAAAAAAAUUCGACUAAUUUGUGAUCAAAAUGGGCAAUUGUUUUAAAAGAUCAACUAAUGAUGACGUUUCACUAUUAAGAGAUAGUAAUAAUGGUAGAGAUUCAUCAUCAGAUCAAUUAGGAUCUAUACCACAGAUUUAUUCGGAGAUUAUGCAACCUGUAUUUUAUCCAUCACCAUCUGUUAGCCGUCCAGCAUCACAUUUAACUGAAGAGGAACAAGUUAAAAUAGCAAAAAGAAUUGGUUUAAUUCAACAUUUACCAGUUGGAACAUAUGAUGGAUGUAAAAAAUCUAGGGAAUGUGUGAUAUGCAUGAUUGAAUUUUCUGUUGGUGAAGCUGUACGUUAUUUACCUUGUCUUCAUAUAUAUCAUGUUAGUUGUAUUGAUGAUUGGUUAAUGAGAAGUUUAACAUGUCCAAGUUGUAUGGAACCAGUUGAUGCAGCACUUUUAACUAGCUAUGAUAGAUAUACUAGAGGAUCAUAGACCAAAAUCAAAUACAAAAAAAAAAAAAAAAAAUUGAUACCUACAAUUUUUUUCUUUUAAUUU